CUCCGCGCGAUGUCAUUGACUGCGCCAGGGUUAAUUUGCAUAUGCAUUCGGAUUGGCGAAAACGCCUGUCCGUCAUGAGACAUCUGUACUCCCAGCAGUUCACAUAGAGCGUGCUGCUCUGUGUCAUCGUGGUGCAGAGAGGCAGCGAUACGCGGUGAGUAAUGCCGUCCUUGUUGCUCGAUGUCAGGAUGGUUCUAGAGAGGAUGAAGGCGGACGCGGAUUCCCUCUGACCGUGGCAGCUUACAUUCAUUGACUAAAGUCUGCCCACUGUCAACAUGGCAGAGCAAUGGACCGCAGUGCCCACUUCUAAUAUGGCGGCGCUAAACCGGGCUGGAUCAUUGACUGUUAUAUUCUUAAUUGUCAGCAGUUGUCUGAUCAAAAGCAUUGAUGGCAAAGACGCGUCAGAAGAGACUGUCAUCAUUGGCCUCCGCCUCGAAGACACCGACGAGGUGUCCUUUAUGGACAGAGGCUUUUUGCGCGUCAGCGAGCGAUCUCGUGUCAGAUUAAGGGUCUAUGGGCAAAACAUCAACAACGAGACGUGGUCCAAACUCGCCUUCACGGAACACAGCAGCAGCGCACCUGCGGAGAGCCUGAGCCCCGGAGACGCACCUGCCUCACAUCCCUGCGGCAUCCGGUCCUCCGAUAUCAUCAUCCUUCCCAACGUGGAGGUAAACAGAAAGACUUCUGGGAUUAUCGAGCUCGAGGUGAAGCCUCUGCGCAAAACGGAAAAAAGUAAAACGUAUUACCUGUGCAUCGCCACCAUGACACCUGGCGCGCAGGACUCCUGGUCCGAAAACACCUGGGUCUAUCACGAAGGGCAUGACACUAAAGUGAUCGUGGUGGAGGAGAAAAAGUUCCUCCUGCCGUUCUGGCUGCAGGUGAUUUUCAUUGCCAUGUUGUUGUGCUUGUCUGGGAUGUUCAGCGGGCUGAAUCUGGGUCUGAUGGCGCUGGAUCCCAUGGAGCUCAGGAUUGUGCAAAACUGCGGGACCGAGAAGGAGAAGCAUUACGCGAAGGCGAUCGAGCCUGUCCGAAGCCAAGGAAACUACCUGCUGUGCUCGUUGCUGCUGGGAAAUGUUCUGGUCAACACUACUUUGACUAUACUUCUCGAUGACAUCGCAGGAUCAGGGCUGAUCGCUGUGGUGGUGUCCACUAUAGGCAUAGUGAUAUUUGGAGAAAUCGUGCCUCAGGCCAUCUGCUCCAGGCACGGACUCGCUGUAGGCGCGAAUACAAUAUUCUUGACUAAAUUUUUUAUGAUCCUCACUUUUCCAGCAUCCUAUCCGGUCAGUAAACUCCUGGACCACGUGUUGGGGCAGGAGAUUGGAACCGUGUACAACAGGGAGAAGCUGCUGGAGAUGCUGAGGGUGACCGAUCCAUAUAAUGACCUGGUCAAAGAGGAGCUCAACAUCAUCCAGGGCGCUCUGGAGCUCAGGACUAAAACCGUGGAGGAUGUCAUGACACCUCUGCGAGACUGCUUCAUGAUUUCUGGUGAUGCCAUACUGGACUUCGCCACCAUGUCUGAGAUCAUGGAGAGUGGCUACACUCGUAUACCUGUGUAUGAAGGUGAGAGAUGUCACAUUGUGGACCUGCUGUUUGUCAAGGACUUGGCCUUUGUGGAUCCGGAUGACUGCACGCCACUGAAAACCAUCACCAAGUUCUACAGCCACCCUCUGCAUUUUGUCUUCAACGAUACAAAGCUGGAUGCCAUGCUGGAGGAGUUUAAAAAAGGUAAAUCCCAUCUGGCCAUUGUCCAAAGAGUGAAUAAUGAAGGAGAGGGAGACCCGUUCUAUGAAGUGUUGGGCAUCGUCACGUUAGAGGACGUCAUUGAGGAAAUAAUCAAAUCUGAGAUUCUAGAUGAGACAGACUUAUACACUGACAACAAGACGAAAAAGAAGAUCGCUCACCGGGAGAAGAAACAGGACUUCUCUGCUUUCAAACCUACAGAUAAUGAGUUGAGGGUGAAAAUAUCACCGCAGCUCCUUCUGGCUACACUGCGUUUCCUGGCAACUGAGGUCGAGUCCUUUAGUGCAACUCAGAUGUCAGAGAAAAUCCUCUUGCGCUUGUUGAAACAUCCUAACGUCAUCCAGGAGCUCAAAUACGAUGACAAGGACAAGAAAAUGUCAGAGCACUACCUCUUUCACCGCAACAAGCCUGUGGAUUACUUCAUUCUCAUCCUGCAGGGAAAGGUGGAGGUCGAGGCUGGAAAGGAGGGAAUGAAGUUUGAAGCUGGUGCCUUCUCUUAUUAUGGAGUUCUGUCUUUAACCUCCUCACCAGUUCCUCUCUCCUUGUCUCGAACCUUCGUCGUCAGCAGGGCAGAAUCACUGGCAGGAUCUCCAGAAAAUAAGUCACCUCCAAGGCCGUUCGGGCUCAACCACUCAGACUCCCUGAACAGGAGCGACCGAAUGGAGGCCGUGACUCCAACACUGGGCAGCAGCAACAACCAGCUCAACUCCUUCCUGCAGGUCUAUGUGCCGGACUAUUCAGUGAGAGCCGUCUCUGACCUGCUCUACAUCAAGGUGACCCGCCAGCAAUACCAGAAUGCCCUGAUGGCAUCACGCAUGGACAAAACACCUCAAUCCACAGACAGCGAGUUCACCAAGAUCGAACUGACCUUCACCGAGCACCAGGACGGACCAUUGGAAGAAUCGGCCACACUAUUGACCACCAACUCACACAAACCCAACCACACUGCCCACAACGACGGGGCAAUUUAAGCACCCUCUGCGGAGAGAGAGAGGAGAGAUGCCUCUUUCCACAGAGUGAGCGAGAGGCACUGGGCAGCUUCAUACGAGUCCUCUCAUCGCGCUCCAAUUCAAAGGGGAACGUACAGCGUGAAGGGCCACACAUCCCACAAUGCAUGCACUAAUGACCUUAACACCUUUUGUAGGCAGCGGAUCAGUCAGGGACCACCAAAUCAUUCUCGCUCACUCGAUCGAGGACGGACACACUUGAAAUACACACUACGAAGGAGCAAGGAGACGACCCACACCACACCUCGAGCAGACACGACCAUAACAGAAGGACAAAGAAAUAAUGGUGCCUUUAGACAGCGCUUGGUUACUGUCAACAACGAGGCCCUUUAGGGGCCCGGGCCACACAGAGCUCUCUGAAAUCUUCUAUUCCACCCAGGAAGCCUGAGCAGAUGCAGCCACGGAUGAAAGAUCAGGUGAUGGAGAUAAGUAACCAUGUUUUUUUUUUCCUUGAGAAAGGCGGAAACUGGAGACCUCAUGACCAAAGACAUUUGGCAAAUAUCGAGAAAAUAAUUGUGGGUCAAAACAAAACAAAAAAAAAACAGCAGCCUUAGACAGGAAACGCAUAAGCUGGCGUAAAAGCGUUUGUCUGAACUGUGCCAAAUAACACCAACAAUGAUUUCAGAGAUUUCUUCUGCCCAGAUGUGCAACGUGCAGCAAUCGCAGUACGAAGAAAACAAAUGUGUUUACAUUAUGAGGGCCUUUUUCAACUAUAUAUAUAUAUAUAUAUAUAUAUAUAUAGAGAGAGAGAAAGAGAGAUUUUUUUAUGUCAAUCCUGAUUGUGCUGAGGUACAGCGUCACCUAUUUUAAGGUGAUUAGAGUAUUUGUGUCAUGACUGGUUCCAUUUUUAUGUACGUCGGACCACUCUUUAUUAAUGAUACAUUUUUUUUGGUUGUAAUCAUGUAACUCUUCAUUUUUAAAAGAAGCAUUUUGUACGUCACAACUACCUUUCUAUAGAUAGUUGUUAGCUGCAUUUAGGACCUCAAAGUAACAUGUUGAGGACUGUUUCAGGAACUUACACCGUAACUUAUAUCUCAUCUUCAGAUUCCUUAUUUGCUCUUAUGUUAUUGUUUGUCAUUUUUAGAAAAAACUUGUAUUUGUGUAGGGAUGUAAUGGGUCUUAUUCACUGAGUGUGCGUACAUACAAAUUUGUCCAUGAACAUAUACUGAUAAUAGGAUAUAAGCAGAAGGACGUUUAAUUUUUCAUUAACCAAACGCUUCGGGUGAACUGUAUGCCAUUACAAGAUCAGCACGUUUAAGGUCUGUUUUCUUUAAAAAUUGAUUUAUAUGAAAGAUAGAUAUAUGAUAUAAAGUGGGUCUCGGAAUGUACAAGAAGCACUGCAUUAAAUUCCAUUUCCCCUGCCAUGUCUUUAAAACAUUUAUUCUACCCCAGUGUUUUCAUUAGUUUCUGCGCUCUUCUGCUGAUCCUGACAGCUUGUACGUGUAAACAGCUUUUCAUCUCGUUUUAUGCUUGCAGAGCUAAAUGAAUGCUUAAGUCUAUUUAACUGAAUGUAUUUUAAUUACAUUACAAUUCCAUGCUGUAAAAAGAACCGUAUCAAAUUGAAAAAGUCACAUUAACCGUUCACCGGAAGUUUAUCGGUAUGGGAAGAAACACUAGCUGUGCAUAUACCAUAUUUUAAUUCACCAAAAGCUUUUCUUUAUUAUACAUUCCUGAGCAAAAUUCAGUGGCCAUGUAAAGUUGGUGAUUUUGAACAUUUCUUAGGUACAAAUAUACAGGUUUGAGUUGAUUUCUAAUUCAUAUAUCCCAAUGUACAAUCAUGUCGCAUAUGGAUAUAUAGUCUUAAAUACUGCCAUUUCUUCACUGUUGUGGCUGUAGUUUUAGAAGUAUGCAAACUUUUUGUUUUGAAAAAUAUCAUAUGCAAAUGUAAAUAUGCAAAUAUAAGACAUUUCAUCGCCUUCCAGAAAAACGGCAUGCUCAAACUGUGUAUACACACACUAAAGAACAGGAUCAAAAUGGCUGCCUUAACAUGAUCAACUGAAAGUUCAUAAGUUUAAAGACUUUUGGCCCUGAUUACCUUCCAUACUGAGAAGAAUGUGUUUUAUCCGAGCUGUCAACUUGAAAAAUAAAUGUCAAUAAAGCAAAUAAAUUUGAUGUCAAAACUUCGAUGCCCUUUUGACCACCAAAAUAACAAAACAAACAGUAUUAUAAUAUUGGAAAUAUUUUAUUCAUUUAAAAGCAAAAAAUUUUAAAUUACGAAUUUACAUUUCGUUUUGUAUCCCUAUGUUGCAUGUAAACAACUUAAUUUGAUGUAGUUAGUUGCAUGUAGACAACAAACUAAAUCAAACUAGCAUCUAAGACUGGUGUCAAAACGCAUCCAAAAUCGAUUAAAGGACUCUUAUUAUUAUCGAUUUUUUUUCAAACAUUUUUUUUGAAAUUGAUAAAUUUCAAAAAUUGAUGUCAAGAUUUUGUUUUAAAUGAUUUUUGACGCUGAAAUGAUUUAUGUUUCGGCAAUUUGAUGUAGUUUUUACAGCAAUAUAGUCAAAUGACAUCAAAUCGAUUUGCAUUUUGACAUCAAGGAUCAGGAUCAGGACUUGGAUCAGGUGGAGGUCAUAUUUUAUGCAAAUUACUAAUGUGAAAUUCACUAAUAUGACAAAUUAAUGUGCGCACACUUGUGAAUCCAUAGGUUCUCUAGUGAAUGAGACCCAGUGUUUUGGUUAAGAGCUACAUGUAAAGAUUUAUAGAUUUUAAAACGAAAAAGGAAAAUAAUAAUAUAUUUAUUUAGGGUUUUAUCAUGCCAAGAUUACAUUAGCGCUCUUGAUACAAAAGGGGAACGAUUCUCUGGCUGAUGUUUUUAUCCGCUGACCAUUUUGUUUGUAUAUUUUUUUAUCAGAAACUCCUGAGGCGCUUCAGUCAGAAGCGUAAACGCCGCUGGAUAUCAGGACAUUCACGUCUCAAGUGUUUAUGUAGCAACCUCUCAGUGCAAUAGUGCAACAGCUAUGCAGGGACAAUCAUGACCAAUUAAUGUGCUCACAGGUAGAACAAAAUAUCCGAACAAGUAAACUAGCUGAACUUAAUAAGAGGCUGAGAGGUACAGUAUCUUUGUUAGACUAAUUUAAUUACAGUUUAAAAUGGCUUGAGAUGUGAAGUAUAGGGAUUGUUUUUUUUCUGAGCAUUAACAAAGGUUUCGGUCAGCAGCAGCAUUUGUGUUCUUGUCGUUGACUGCGUGUUCCAGUUUUUCACACUGUGUUAGUCAUUUUACUUCAGCAUUCGGUGAUGUCCUGCAGAUCAGAUCAGCGUUUUCAUGUUCGAUCCCCUGCCUUAGAAAAGAGGAGACGUCUUUAAAAAUGUGGUGCUCUAACAUGCGGUUUGAGUCUGUCAUACACUGCUGCUAUUUUCAAUCUUGAAUGUGUAGAGAUACUGUACAGUCAUAAAUCAGAGAGUACUAUUGUAUGCUUACAUACUAUAAACCAGAUAAUGCUAUAUCAGAUUAAAUAUACAUUAUUAUAUAUAUAUAUAUGAUGCAGAUGGAAAUUGCUAUAUUAAAAAUGUUUGACAACUUUGA